UUAAAAUUAAAUCGCAUUAAAAUUCAAAUCUGCGCAUUUUGUAAGCAACGUUCACCCACUGUGCAUAUAUGUUACAUAAACAAUUAACAUAACCUCAAAUGACGUUUUGACAGCAAUUUUACGGUAACAAACAUUAGAGAUGUGCUGCAAAGUUCAGUGUAACUUAAAAAAGAGUAAAUAAUCCAGCAAAAAACAUUAAAAUAAAAGAAAAAAUAUGCUUCGGCAGAUAACCCAUCGCUUUUUGGCCACCGGCAACGUUGUCCGCCACUUCAGCAGCAUGUAUGAGCCCGAUUACUUGGAGAAACUUCGGCCCAAAUACCCGCUGCACAAUACGCUGAAUUUCACCAUCAAGGGCUACGAUUAUCCGAUCCUUGAGAGCUACCAGCGCUUCGUGCACAACGUAGCCGACAAAAUGGACCUAGACAUUGCCGAGUGCUGGGCGCAGCCGCCACAAAAGCGUAACGUGCAGAAGUUCAAACCGGCUUCAGCGGUCAUCGAGAGCGAAUACAAACUGACGACUUACGAGCGCAAUGUUCAAAUCGCAAACCUCCAGGCUCCGCUGUAUCCCACUUUUCUGCGUGUACUGCAAGCCGCUCUGCCGGAAGGGGUUACGCUCACGGUGAGUGAGCACAGCAGCGACGUGGACGACGGACGGUACGUGCCGGAUCGGGAACUGCUUGAACUGCGACAAAAGCUGGACGAAAUGAGCGGUUUGAGAGAGAAGAAGUGAGGUGUGAUAUAGAAACGAUUACGUUUAAUAGAAGGGAUAUCCACG